AUGUCUGGACUCGAGGUGGCCGGUAUCGUCCUGGGCAGCAUCCCUCUCAUCAUCUCGGCCCUUGAGCACUACAAACAAGGCGAGUCAAUCAUCAAGAUCUGGCGUAACCACGAACGGGAAUUGAAACGCCUCAUCCGAAACCUCAAGAUAGAGCGUGUCCGGCUGCAGAACGUCUUGGAGAGGCUCCUCAUCGGUAUUGUGCCUUCAAAUCACAUUGAGCGCAUGAUUGCCGAGCCUUUUGGUCCAGCAUGGCAUCUGGAAGACGUCCAGAGGAAGAUUCAAACCCGCCUGUGGACAUCUUCCGGAGUGUUUGAAGAGAUUUUAGGGGAUUUGGACGCUGCGAUCCAGGAUAUGAUGCGACGCUUCGGUCUGAAGCCUGAUGAAGCGACGAAGGAAAAGGAUGUUUCGAGCAUGGCCCGGCAGCUUAAACGCGUCGGAUUUGCUUUCAAGUCGUCCGAUCACAGGAGCUCACUCGAGACCAUGAAGGAAUGCAUCACAGGCCUUGAAUCGAUGCUGGAGCAAAACAUCAAAAUGGAACCGCAGCGACAACAGAGAUCCCAGGGGAAAUUAAUACGGCUGCUUCGUGACGUGUCCGGCAGCGUGUAUCGUGCCCUGCGCUCCGGUUUGUUCUGUACAUGCAACCACGAUCUUCACCUGAGGCUCUCGUCGCCUUGUUCUACGGCAGGACGAGAUUCUGACGACGAGACGAUUCUCCAGAAGCUGGAAUUCGAGCUCGCGUUGACGUAUGCUACGGACUUUGACAAGCGUGGACAGCCGGUGUUGUGGAAAGGAGUAUGCCUCAGAACGCUCCCACCUGGAGCCACAUUCAACCUGGCCUCAACGCCCAAACAGCUGGAAGUCCCUCAGGUCACAAUUUCGCAACAAAAGAACUCCGGGAUCACUGUAACUGGAUUAUAUACGGCCACGGCAACGACCACCUGUAUCCAGCAAGCCACGACGACGACGGCCGUCCUCGGUGCUUUUUCGUCUCUCAACCUGGGCCCUUCCGGCGUCAAGCCUGUUCAGGGAAUCGACCUCUGCGCUGAGAUCCGCCGAAACCAGAAGCAGGUCGCCGUCGAUUGCUACGGCAUGGUUUCGGACCAGACCGGAAACAAGGUCCGGAUGUUUGGGGUUUACCCGCAGCCCAGCACGGAGAGGCCGGACUCUUGGUCCGUCGUGUCGCUCAAAGACGUUUUGGCGAACCCGUCCAAGUUCCCCCCGAUGUCUACUCCGCACAGACUACGCCUGGCACAAGUCGUAUCUUCGAGCUUGCUUCAACUACAACAGACGCCCUGGGUCCCGGACGUCCUGACAAGCCGAGACAUUGUCUUCCUGCAGAAAGGCCCGGAUGCGGAGGUCAUGUACACGGACAUAUUCAUUGCAAAGAGCCUCCCCGAGAGGGCCCCGAAAGCAUAUGCCGACAAGUCGGUAGCGAGAGGCCGCUGUCCCGCCCUGCUCUCACUUGGGAUCGUGCUCCUGGAGCUCGGCCUCGGCGGCACGAUCGAGUCAUUCCGCACCCAGGACGAGGUUCCACCAGCUGGCUCGCCGCUUCUCCUGUCCGAGUUUCGGACGGCACAGCGGCUCUUGGAGCGGCGGCAGAUUGGGAGCCAGAGGUACUCCAGCGCCGUGAAGAGGUGCUUGUGGGGAGAGUUUGAUCGGCCGGUCCUCGAUCUGAGCAAUGACGAUUUCAGGCAGGAGGUUUACGAGCAGGUCGUUGUGUUACUAGAGGACAAUUUUAAGAAUGCAAUCGGAUCUUAUAGCGUCGCUAGAUAA